CCACCUCCUCCUACACACCUUCGUCCUGCUUCGAGUCUUUAAAGGCCAUUCUUUCGCUCAAUACCAUCCUGCGAUCACUAAAGAAGUUUUUUUGAAGGAUCUUCACUUCAGCAGUGCUCUCAUCAGUGACACCAUCAAACGCAUAAAGGACGUUCCGGCCGAACGAUAUUCUCCGUCUUUUUUGGUGCUUAAAGCACUCGAGAAACCAUCCUCCCAACCUCUGCUCGUGCUUUCCUUAUCAUCGCCAUGUCAUCUUACACCACCGCCACUAGCCCAUCCCUGAGCAAUGGCCCUCAAGGUCCUCCUUCCACAACAGUUGCAGAAUUGGUGAUCGCAGAAGCGCACUAUCUCUCGGUACUCAAGCGUGUCGGAAGUGCUCUCAAUUUGGCGAUAAACCAUUCCAUAGCAACGGGACACAAGGCGAUCAACAAGGUCCGUGCUCUCGAAGAGCGAUGGAAUGCGAUGAUAUACAUCCACAGCAAGUUCCACGAUAAUAUCGUGGCAGCCAAGGAGGACGUCCAAGAGACGAUCAAACAGCUCAACGGGCUUUUGUUGACACUGGAGCCAGUCCUUGUUGACCAUGGACGCGAAUUGUCGAAUAUUGUUUAUAAGUUGAGUCGUAACGACAAGAAAUCUGGACACAAACCAGUAGCGUGGGAUGGCGCUCUCCGUCAGCCAUUUGAUCAUUUGAACGUGUACAACGAGUGGUUGCAGCGUGUUGAUCCUCUAGGAACGUAUAAUAAAGAGGGUCUUUUACAGCUCCACAGCAUUGUCUUCAAUGUCAAGUCCGCCAUUGAGGCACACCAGAACCCGCGUGGCUUACUUAAGCGUAUUAGCACGGUUGCACGCGGAGUGCUCAGACGCCAAUCCCUCGCCUCGUCUGCACAGCCUCUCAGUGAUGAAAGCCAAGGCCAACUGUCCAGUCCGACCAAUUCCUAUAUGUUCCCGACUUCUUCGUCCAAAGGCAGUGUCAGCACACAGGCUCGAAGGGCUUCAAUGGGCUUGCCGAUUCCUCGACUGGUCACAUCUCCAUCGACUAUUGCUCUGUUUACGUCUGAGAACAGGAUCGAGACUGUAACGAAGGAACAAGUGGUGUCCUUGGUUACUGAGAUGGAGAAGAGUAAUGGAAGUGUGGGGAUGUCAAGCGAUAGCGCAGUGACAGAUUCAGCUACCGGACCAAGCAGACCUUUGAGUUUUGACACGAAAGUUCCAGGUCGGCAUUUAAAUCGAGUUUCUGUUGCUAGAUCGGAUUCGAGCAGUAUUGGGUCUCUGACUCUGGCACCUUCGUCCGAGUCGCUAUUUGUCAAAGCGGCAAUGGCAGCAACGGCAGCGAAGAGCAGCAGUAGCACUAUUACAGGGUCCAAUAGGAUAAAUCGUCAGUUGUCAGUGACAAGUCAGCGUCAAAAGUUGCCCGAGAGACAUGACUCUCGAAGGACGACAAUCCACAUGGAUACUCAGACAACGAUUGUGUCGAAGGCUGAGAGCAUGCAGCCGAAGAGGCCAGAAGUUGUGUCGAGGCCGUCGAUUGAUCGGUUGAGGACGAUCACGAAGCGAGAGGCAGAGGAGAAACCUCCAGUAAGGUCGUUGAUCAGCUUCUGGGAGCAGGCGACUGAGCCGAUUGAAGCCAUGUGAGAAGAACGAAGGUCGUUGUUCCUUGAUAAGAGUAAGAGCUGGGAUGUCUGUGCUUUAGUUGAAAGCAGUAUAAACUAUCCUGUUACAACGAACCCAGCCUGCCCACCGCUUCCUGAGGGAGACGAGUCAGCGCGACGAGGAUGUGGUUAAUCCUUAACUAAU